UAUCUUAUGUAAUAAAUUAUUUGUUGCUUUUGCUGAAAUUUUACAUUCAUAAAUGUACAUUUUUCAAAACUCCCCCAUGAUUAGUGGUUUUUAAAAAGGAAUUUGUAAUAUAUUUGGAGACGUUGGAGAAGUCCCUAAGCAAGGCAUUUGUAUACUUUAUUAGAGGAUUCUGGUUUAAUAAUGUGAGAGCCUCCUUCUCCCCUACUUUUUUUGUCUUUAUACAUAUUUUUUCUCCCCAAUAUUUUUAUUUAUCUUAAAUUUAUUUUGUGAUAUGGUGUACAGAGUGUGAAUAAAAAUUGAGUGUAAUCUUAGUUAUGAAUGCCUUUCUGUGUUGUUCAUAAAAAUAAUAUUAAAAAACUUUCUGAAUCGGUAAGCGCCCCCUUGAGGUGGACAUCUGUGUGUGUCAAAACGGCACCAGUAGUCAACACUAAUUUUUCCGUGGGAUCCAGUCUAUCCUGGAAGCGUUGUGCGCCCUUGAGUUUGACGCGUGCAACUGCACUUCCGGCGAUCUCGGCGCUAGAAUGGCUGCAGUGUUUCCGUGUUGUGUGGCCUGCUGCGGGGAUGGCGGAGCGGGCCAUGCUCCCCUCAAAGAAAUGCCCACCGUACAGCUAGACACGCAGCACAUGGGGACGGAUGUGGUCAUAGUGAAAAGCGGGAGGCGGAUCUGUGGAACUGGAGCCUGUCUAGCCAACGCCCCUCUACACCAGAACAAGAGCUAUUUUGAGUUCAAGAUCCAGUCCACGGGUGUUUGGGGGAUUGGUGUGGCCACUCAGAAGGUGAAUUUGAACCAGGUGCCGCUGGGUCGAGACAGUCACAGUUUGGUGCUUAGACAUGAUGGGUCCAUAUACCACAACAACGAGGAGAAGAACCGAUUACCUGCCAACAGUCUGCCUCAGGAGGGGGAUAUAGUGGGGGUGACCUAUGAUCACGUGGAACUGAACCUGUACUUAAAUGGAAAAAACAUGCACUGUCCAGCCUCAGGUAUUCGAGGGACUGUGUUCCCCAUAGUUUAUGUGGACGACAGUGCCAUCAUAGACUCCCAGUUCAGUGAUUUCUACCAUACUCCACCUGAAGGCUUUGAAAAGAUUAUGUUUGAACAGCAGAUCUUUUGAAUUGUCAUCUGUGUGCAGACACACACACAUUGUUGUUGAACGGUGUGUGUGUGUGUGUGGCAGCACGUGGUUACAGUCUCUUUCAGUGUUGCUUCUGCCUUUGCUAUUACUGCUGCUCUUGUCUUUUUGGAAGACAAACCAGGCUUUUUCCCGUUUGUGUGUUUAUGUGUGUUUGGACACACACAAAUAAGAGAGAGAGUCUACAACCCAGAAAACACUUUACAUAAGCACUGAAGACACUUACUGAUAUCUAUUUUCUGUAUUGAGUGAUACUGAUAAACUGAGCUUAUCUUAUUAUUUAAUGACCAUGUACAAUGAUCCGCAGCUGAUCAGCUUUGUUUUUAAUUUAUGUAGAAAUUAUUGAUAAUGUACCGUUGACUUUAUAUAUCUACACAAAUAUCAGCUUUCUUGAAUGAACCAGUUGUAUUUGCACUAGUUAAAUGUGAUUGAGAAUCAAACCAAACCUCUCUUAUUGAUUUUUGAUGAGUCUGUUACUGUCGUUUGCCUUUCAUCUGAACUAGGCAUAUUUAAAAAUAGCUAACAAUAGCAGUUUACAGUAUUUUCCACAGUGUAUUUUAACGUUUUACCUCUGUGAGCUCUAUUGCACAUAAUAUUAAACAGGUAACUUUGGCUGAACAGAUUUCAGUGUCAAAUAGACACUGACAUGCAUGAAUCUGUUUAACAUGAUUAUUUUUGCUGCCCUAGCUUAUAUCUUGACAAACUCCUUCAAAUGUUAGACUGAAGGCAAACAUUUCUUUUUGCAUCAGAUGUGUUUUUCUCAACUGAUGUCCUGGACCUGAAGUAAUUCACAUCUGCACAGUAAUAUUUAUUACAACUAUGAACCUAAUUUUACUGGUUACUGGAGCAAUGUUAUGUACUCUUAACACUAAAACCAUUCAUGCAUUAAUUUUUUUUCACACAGUUGAAUACACAACCAACUAACAGCAUGACCAUGCAGCUAUCUAAAGGCAAUGUGCUUUUCAGAAAAGGUGCUCUGAAAAAGUUUUGUCCUGUAAGACUUGUCAAGUCUGAUUUUCAGUCCCCAAAAAAGCUUGAAUUCUCUGUUCACUGUCUUAUGGUACAUUCCACAAGUGCUGUAUUUAAUAAAUCUAAGUAUUCUGUCUCUAUGUCAAAGACCUGUGUUAUAGUGUGAAAUUACAAUGACUUCUAACCCAAUAAAAAUACAACAAUCAAGCA